AUGAACCUGACCCAGAACAAUACUUCCAUCCAAGCAGGCCAGAGCACGGGUGGGGGCGGCGGAGGGGGCGGUGGUGGUGGGGGCAUGUGGGUCACCUCACUCCUGGGUGCCACUUUGAUUACCAUGUGUGUCCUGGGUGUGGCGGGCAACGUCUACACGUUGGCGGUCAUGCGUUCCGCCGUUCUCCGUCGUGCCGGAUCCAUGUACGUCUUCAUCCUCAACUUGGCGGCAGCCGAUCUGUUGUACCUCGGCACGAUCCCCUUUGUGGUGUGCACCUACUUUGCCCACAACUGGUUCUUCGGCGAGACCGGCUGCCGGCUGCUUCUCAGCCUGGACCUGCUCACGAUGCACGCCAGCGUCUUCGUCCUGGUGGCCAUGAGCCUGGAGCGUUACCGGGCUGUGGCCGCUCCCUUCCGAGCCCGCCGCUCUACUCCUCGGGCGCACUGGCUGGUGGCGCUGGGCAUCUGGGGUGCCGCUUUCCUUCUGACUCUGCCCAUGAUGGUCAUGAUCCGACUGAGGGAGGGUCGACCCAGCGCGGUCGGCUUGGUCAAACGCAUCUGCUUCCCCACGUGGACUCCAGAGGCUUUUAAAGCCUACCUCACCGUCCUCUUCUUCACGAGUAUGCUGGUGCCAGGGUUGGUCAUGGUAGGCUUGUAUGCGGGGUUGGCAAAGAGGUACUGGGCAGCUCAGGCUAACUUGGCACGAAGAGGAGCAGGACCUAACAGAGGAGUGGUGAGGUCGUCGUCGUCGUUGUCACGGCGACGGGGACUGAAACACAAGGUGGUGGGGAUGAUCUUCAGUAUCGUUGUGGCGUACUGGGCCUGCUUUCUGCCUUUUUGGGGAUGGCAGAUGGCCAAACUCUUUUCGUCCGAGUCGCUGAGGAUGCUCUCGCCGGCAACGCACACUUACAUCAACUUCUUUGUCACUUGCCUCACGUACGGCAACAGUUGUGUCAACCCACUACUCUACACGCUACUCACCCGCAACUACAAGGACUACUUGGCACAGAGGGGCCAGUCUUCAGGGUCCAGCCGUGUGGACCAGGGUUCAGCGGCAGGGGGUGCCACUCAGGAUUUAUAA